UAAUAUAUAUAUAUUGAUCUUCUUUUGUCUCAUAUUCCAAGUAAUGUAUACAUAUGUAAUUGUAUAUAUAUAAGUAAAUCUUGUUUCUGUCUUGAACAAAAAUUUCAUUUUCUUCGGAUAUGUUCUCUCUUUCUUCUCGUAUGGAACCAUCCAUUUGCUAUUGGAUUUACAUAUUUUUCUUCACUUUCAUUGUACUAUUCUCUGGUUCUUCAUCUUCUUCUUCAUCUCCGAUCAUUAAUAUCGAUUCUACGAAAGAAUUCCAUGAUCACUACACCGCGAUCUCAGAGUUUCGGGUUCUAAACAGAAGAAGGUUGGGUCAAUGUCCUAACAUAAACCCUUAUCUUCAAAUCAAUGUCAGCUCAAAUUCUGAUCUUUCCGAUGAACAAUAUGUCACGGUGACUGUAAGCGGAGUUUUGCUUCCUACAAAGAGAGAUUGGGUUGCUAUGAUCUCACCUUCUUAUUCCAAUGUCACGUAUUGUCCAUUUAAUGGAUUUUACUAUCAGCAGACUGGUGAUCUAAGUAAUCUUCCUCUUCUUUGCCAUUACCCUGUUAAGGCACAGUUUCUAAGCAAUGAUCCAGACUAUCUCAGAUGCAAACAGAAGGAAUGCAAGAGACACAGAAGGGGUGUUUGUAUGGUGCACACUUGCAGUGGGUCGUUGAAAUUUCAUGUUAUUAACAUCAGAACCGACAUUGAAUUUGUGUUUUUCUCCGGUGGUUUCGACGCACCUUGCAUUUUAAGAAGAACAAAACCUAUUCAUUUUGCUAAUCCGAAGAAGCCAUUGUACGGACAUCUCUCCAGCACAGAUUCAACUGGAACAUCCAUGAGAUUGACUUGGGUGAGUGGGGAUAAGGAGCCUCAACAAGUUCAAUAUGGGGAUGGCAAAUCAGAAACAUCACAAGUCACUACAUUUUCACCAGACAAUAUGUGCAGUUCUGCUCUACCAAGUCCAGCAAAGGAUUUUGGGUGGCAUGACCCAGGUUACAUUCAUACAGCAGUGAUGACAGCACUCCAGCCUUCAACUGCAUUUGCCUACAGAUAUGGAAGUGAUUCAGCUGGUUGGAGUAAUCAAACCCAAUUCCGAACCCCUCCUGCUGGGGGAUCAGAUGAACUCAAAUUUCUUGCAUUUGGCGACAUGGGCAAGGCGCCCCGCGAUGCUUCUGCUGAACACUACAUUCAGCCAGGAUCUCUCUCGGUGAUUAAUGCCAUGGCCGGCGAAGUAGCAUCAGGAAGCGUGGACUCCAUCUUCCACAUCGGGGACAUAAGCUAUGCCACAGGCUUUCUGGUAGAGUGGGACUUCUUCCUUCACCUCAUUAGCCCAGUUGCUUCUCAACUUUCCUACAUGACAGCCAUUGGCAACCAUGAGAGGGACUACAUAGAUUCAGGAUCAGUUUACAUAACACCAGACUCAGGUGGAGAAUGUGGAGUUCCUUAUGAGACUUAUUUUCCAAUGCCAAGCCCAGCAAAGGACAAGCCAUGGUACUCUGUAGAUCAAGGAAGUGUUCAUUUCACUGUAAUUUCAACAGAGCAUAAUUGGUCACAAAAUUCAGAACAGUAUGAAUGGAUGAACAAGGACAUGGCUUCCGUCGAUCGAUCAAGAACUCCUUGGAUAAUUUUUACAGGACACAGACCCAUGUAUACAUCUUCUAAAGGGAAUGCCAUUAUUCCAAAUGUUGAUGAGAAAUUUGUGGAAGCUGUGGAGCCAUUACUACUAGCAAACAAGGUUGAUCUGGUUCUCUUUGGACAUGUGCAUAACUAUGAGAGAACCUGUGCUGUUUAUCAAAACCAAUGCAAGGGCAUGCCAAAGAAAGAUGGGAAUGGGAUUGACACGUAUGACAGCACCAACUAUGCUGCCCCGGUUCAUGCCAUUAUUGGAAUGGCUGGCUUCACCUUGGACAAGUCCUCCAAUAGUGGAGAUAGUUGGAGCUUAAAAAGGAUUUCAGAAUUUGGGUAUGUAAGAGUGCAUGCAACAAAAAAAGAUUUGACACUAGAGUAUGUGAAUGCAAAUACAACAAAAGUUGAAGACAGCUUUCGCAUCAUCAAAAACUGAAGAAUUUACGUGUUUAUAUAGAGAGAGAUCAUAGUUUCACUAUAUAAAGCAAAUGCAAAGUGACCAUGUAUACCAAGAGAUUAUUUCAUGAUCAUAACUCAUAAGCAUGUGUAUAGGUUAUAAAAAUUUAUCAGCGUUGUUUGUACAUCUUCAAACAUGUUCUUGUUUUUUCUAUGAAAACCUUACAUGGGGUAGUACGUAAUAGUAUACGUUUAGACUUUA